CAUUCCACUCAUAGCAUCUUGUUUUGUUUAAGUAAAUUUAGUUUUUAAUCUUUUUACACGCACAAAUAACAAGAACGCUAUAUGAUGCUGACAUUAACACGCUGCGCCCUGUUGGUGCUCACACUAAACGUGUGCGGGAGCUUCGCCAUACGCUGCUACCAGUGCUCAUCGGACCAAGAUCGCAAGGGGUACGACAGCUGCGGCGCCUACAAAGCGUUUAAUCGCACGGAGCACAUUGCCAUUGAGUGCAACAGCGAUGAGUCCCACAUGCCAGGCUCCUUCUGCAUGAAGGUGAUCCAGCAGGGACCCCGAGGCUUCAUCUGGGAUGGCCGCUGGCGACAAGUAAUACGUCGCUGUGCCUCGGUAUCGGACACAGGUGUCACAGGCGUCUGCAAUUGGGGCGUCUACGAGAACGGCGUCUACUGGGAGGAGUGCUAUUGCUCCAGCGACAGCUGCAACGGCGCCAGCCUCGUAACCAUGCACAAGUCUCUGCAGCUGCUGCUGGGCUUUGCCCUGAUGGCAGCCGCUGGAGCAUUCAUGCGCAGCUAGGCAGCUAGUCCAGCUGCCUCCACGAAGUGCCUUCAUUAGCUACUUGGAAGCUCCCAUCACACUUAGUUUAAGCAAAUUGUAUACACUCUGCUACACAUUCCGUCCACAUUUUGUAUUUAACUUUAAGCCACCACAGUUGUACACCGAAUCUCGAGAAAUGAAGAGAGAAAUCUCAUAUUUGACAAAG